GUCACUCUUUGCGUCUUCAUGCAGUUUGCAAGUUGUGAUGGCCAUUUGGGACGUUUACUUUCAACAGACUGACCCAUUUUUCUUGUUUUUCUUAGCUCUAGUCAUUAUCGUAAAUGCUAGGGAUGAAAUAUUUCAAGUGAGUACCAGUAAGAGUAAAGAAGAAUUACUAGAAAUUAUUCGUCUACUGCCGUGCAAUUUGCGGACAGAAGAUGUUGAAGAUUUCUGUUCACUAGCUUAUUACUACAACACUCGAACUCCAGAUUCCUACAAGACGGAAUUGAGAGGUACUUUAUUUGGAGAUAGUUGUCCUGAAAACUAUGAACCCAAUAAAGUGAUUUCUCAAGCUCUUUGUUUACCAGUUUCACCCAUGGAACUAAUAACAAAAUCAGCCCUUCCAAAUGUUCCGGCCAGCACACAGCAAGUUAGAUUUUUCCUUAUUGAUUGCCGUCCAGUGCAGCAGUAUAAUGCAGGUCACCUGCCUACUGCAUUUCAUCUUGAUUCCAAUCUUAUGCUGCAGGAGCCCAUUACUUUUGCCACUGCUGUUCAAGGGCUUCUUUCAGCGCAGCAGCAAGCCAUUGCUGCCGGUAAUAAUGCUGGUGGAGAGCAUUUGUGUUUCCUCGGCUGUGGCCAACUAGAAGAUGAUCAGUACACACACAUGGUUGUUGCCUCCUUUCUGCAGAAACAUACUCCGUUUGUUUGUAUGGUCAACGGAGGCUAUAAAGCCAUUCACGAGUACCUUGAUUUAUCUGUAGACAUAAGUCUUCAGGAUCACAGUUCUGAUAAGUGCCUUGUUUGUUGUGACAAAAUCAAUUCCAUGAAUAGUCCUAAGAAAGAAACCAAAGUCAAAAGUGAACCAGGAUCAAGUGGUCCAUCUAGUUCGAAUAGUUCAAGUGAUCUCUUUGGAAAAAUUGGACGGAGGAAGCAUCGACUUGGAACAGACCCAGGAUUACGUAUCUUUGACGGAGUGGAAGAGAAAACCAGAUGUAAUAGCUUACUACAGAUGUAGGUCACUGAAACCAAAUGAAAGUCAAAAAAAAUAUGUUGAUAUGUAUGGCUGCUAUCUCUUUAUCACCAAGACACAUAUUUAUGCUCUCCGAGAAAUAGAAUCAAAUCCCGAAAUGGCUCACAUUGUUGUCAAAAGACCGUUAGCUUCCAUCAGUCGAAUUUUAAACCGAGUGAAACACCCGAACAUCAUCACCUUAAAAUACUGCUCUAUUGAGAGUGAAUCCUCUGAUGAAACAGAUAUGGAUCGGUUUUUUAUUCCUGAUUACAAAGAGGCAACGCAAGUCCUUAGUAAGCAGAUUCUAAAGUGCGUCCAGAGGCAAAAAGCCAAAACUAGCAAAAACCAAUUGGAAGAAGACUAAGUAGACAGUAAUUUUUACCUCUCUUAUUUUGAUCUCAAAUUCAAAAUGGGAGGUCGUCCUUCUUUUUUUUGUCUUUUACCGUCACACACAUGGGCUUUAUUUUUCCAUUUUCAGUCCAAUGUGCAAUACAAUAGUUCAAAUUUUUAAAAUUAAGUUUAAGCAAUUUUAACCCUCAUGAUUUGAAGUCAUGAGUGCCAUGUUUUCUUUUGCUGUAAAACUGAAAUUUACCUACUGGAUGCUGAACUCUGAAAAGAGAGUUGUAAUUUUUCACAUCAAACAUGUGUAUAAAGCUUGGAAAAUGUUUAUGUAACUGUCAUAAUUGAACUGAUUCCAAUUUUACUGAAUUUUUUGUGUUAUGUUGCAAGGUUUCUUGCAAAGCAUAUUUUGCCAUUCCUAGUUUAAUUUUGUGUUUUUAUUAAAAGAGAAUGAGAGGUAAGAUUGUGUCUUCCUCUUAUGAGCUGUGUAAAGUAAACUACAAGAGGGCCUCAACAAGUAAUAAGAUUCCGUCGAUACUGUAUCUAGAAUCGUCACUGAUAAAGCACUCAGGCAAAUUAGGUGUCAUUGACCAAUGACCAUUCUGUAAAAUUCCAUGAACUCAAAAUCUUUUGAGGUGUUAGGAGAUCGUUUUGGAAAGAGAUAAACAUCUUGGCAGCCUGUCAACGAAAUCUCAAAAUCUUUGGGCUGUCAAAAAGCAAAGAGCAUGGUUAACAGAAUUCAUCCUACAGAUUUUGUUUUUUUCUUUCUUUCUUUCUUUCUUUCUUUCUUUCUUUCUUUCUUUCUUUCUUUCUUUCUUUCUAUGAUUCCAACACAAGGAGGAAAAAUUUGGCUCCCACAAAAUCUUCAAAUAAUCUUUGAGAACUGAAUCUUAAAGGAAAUAGACGUAGGAAAAAGUAUGAUUUCUCAGGAAACCAUCAACCAAAUUAUAAAAUAAAUUUCAUGAGAGCCUGAUUCCCAAAAUGUAUUUAUAUGUAAGAAUUUUGAAGGGAAAAAAAGAAACUUGCAUGGUUGUAUCUCACUGGUAUCUCAGUAUUAAAAUUAAAUAAUGAGAGCUGUAAUUAAGUGUUUGAAGGGUCUGUGGCAGACCAUAAUAGGGCCCUUUUCUACAUUCAGCCCACCACAAUCAAUAAAUAAAUAAUGUAUACCCAGUUGAAUACUUACAGCUUUCACUUAUUCAAUGAAUACCAUAUAGUCCAAACUUUAUGAUCCAGGAACUCAUGAUGAAUGCAUCCUCGAAAUGAAUGAAAUGAAAAAUGAAAUGAAUCAACAUUCCCCCUUGUCAUCCUCCCAUUGCUAACAAUAUGUAGCUACUUAGAAUGCCUGGUGCUAGGCAAGGAAUCUUUUAUGAAAGCGAGAAGAAAUACUGUUCAAUCUGUGAAUAAUUCUUUUUCUUCUUCCCCCCCCCUCCCAAAUAAUUACAGUCUCCUCUUCUUGUCAUUUUUUAAGUGAAAAAGGAACUCAAUAGGGAAUUGGUUAGAGCAAAAUGUUCCUUCAGCACAAUUGAAUAAAAUUGUUUAAGAGCUGUGAGGCACUUCGUAUGGUUAAUUGUUUUCUUCAGAUCGUUUAUGCGCUCUCUGAAAACCGUCUGGUUGUUUAAACUAUUUUUAUGUAAGUGUCAGGAUUUAAUCUUUUUGUUUUUUCUAAAAGACAAAUGCCUAUCAUUACUCAAUCUUUCUCUGAUAAAUAGCCAGACUUCAGCCAAUCUAGCCUUUUAUUUAACUGUUAAGACAAGAAAAAAAAAGCAAGUGCUGUGAGAUAAAAUUACAAUGAACACACGAAAGACCCAAAAAUUAUACUUGAAUAAUCAAAUGUCUUGUUUGUAUCUAGGAUAUUGAGAAUCAUACCAAGAGAAUUAAAAAAAUCACAAUUCGUUAUGAUUCUCAAAGAAAAAACAAGUUGAAAUUUACAAUGUAUGUGCUUGUGAAGUGACAUUUUUAAAAAUAUUGAGGCAUUGACCAUUAUCUUGAGCUGAUCUAGUCUUUAAGUAUUUACCUUUAAAAAUCUGGAAUAUCAAAACUUAGUUGUUGGUCUCACAUCACUAGUUUUACCUUUUUUCAGAGUACAAGGCUCCUUGUAAUUUUCUUUUAAUAUACUUUUUUUUUAAUAUUUCUUCCAUGAAAUCACCAAAAUGUCAGUGUACUCAUGCACUGGACUGCUCAAUCAUUGAUUUCUCAUAUGAUGGCAGAGUUCGCUCAAAAGUGACUUUUAAAAAAUGUCAGGAAAAUGUCUGGCUCCCAGAGUGAAAGAUCCUCUAUCGAGUCUUCUCUCCAUUAAUUUUCGUUUGGUGCUUGUACUAUACUUCGUCCAUGAGCUCACAAAGGGAUAAAGUCAGCUCUGUUUUCCUCGGUUCCAUCCAAAUAUUACGAGGAAUUAUUUAUAACACUAUUCUUGGCCCUCUGUAUGAGAAUUUAGACUUUUUGCAUUAUGCCAAUGUUGAUUUCCAUUAUUUUUUUUAUUUAUAUAUCUCCUUUACAUUUUCCAAUAAAUUUCCCAUGGUUUACUAUCAUUUUAGGUUUCCAUUUUUGCUCCAUUUUUUAUGGUGAUUAUUUAGUGAACUAUGCAUCACGCAGUUAUGUCCUGGCACAUUUUACCUCUAAUUGAUUACAUUUUCAGUUUCUUUUAUCUUUAUUAAAGAUAGCGAUUACCGAUCAAAGUGACUUCACCGUAAUUUUUCAAUUAUUUUAAUUUUUGUAAUAAGUCAUUUGUAUUAUCUAGUUGAAUUUUGAAAUAAAUUAUUAACAUUUUAA